AUGGAGUACCUCUACUGUACCAACAAGUGCGAGGCCCUGGCGUCCAAAUUUGCCAAGGCUGCCAAGCAGCUCGAGGAAGAAGGCUCGUACAUAAAGCUGGCCAAGGUGUACGCCCGUUUCGAUGGCCUGCUCGCUUGGAAGUACCUGCGCGGCUUGCCAACACUCACGUUUUUCCGCAAUGGACAUCCAGUCUACUACAAGGGUAACCAUACCAUAGAGGAGAUGAUCCAGUGGGUUAAGAAGAAGACUGAACCACCGGCUCAGCUAAUCAGCACUGUGGACGAUGCGAGGAUCUUCGUGGACAGCGCGGAGGUCACAAUCGUGGGCUUCUUCAAAAACCAGACGAGCCUCGAGGCCAAAGAGUUCCUCAAGGCUGCGUAUACUAUCGACCGGCACUGCUUUGACGAGCGCAGAAAAACUCUCGCAUUGAAGCCCACCUGUGAUAAGAUUCGGACAUUCGUCGCUGUGAACAGCCAGCCCCUGGUUGUGGAGUUGACGGAGCAAAAUAUCAAUGACUUGCUCAGCGGCCCGAUUCGCCAGUACAGCCUGCUAUUCUACAGCAAGAACAGUGCCAACAUGACGGAAGCUCUGAAGAACUUCAGGGAGGCUGCUGCUUCCUUCAGGCACAAGGUUGUCUUCGUAACCAUCAACGUUGAUAAGGAAGAAAUCGAACUGAUCCUCAUGUACUUCCGCAUCUGGCAGGACAAUGUUCCCGCCUUGCGCUUCGCCGAAUAUGAUGGUGUCGGAUCUGUGACACCCUUCAUGCCCGAGACGGACUCGCUCAAAACUGAAGACAUCAAUACCUUCGUUGAGGGCGUGCUGAACGGCAGCAUUAAAGACACACCUUGGUUGCCAGAUUCGUUUAACUCGACAAUCCAUCGCGCCAAAGUGGUCGUGCAAGAGAACUUUGAUGAAGUCGUCUUCGACAAGACCAAGGACGUCCUGGUGCUGUUUUACUCGCCCUGGUGCACCCCCUGUUAUCAUCUGACGCUACACUACGAUUGGUUGGCCAACAUGUACAAUGACCACGAGGACUUGCUCAUCGUGAAGAUGGACGCCACGAUGAAUGAGCUCGAGCACACAGAUAUCCACAGCUUCCCCACCUUGAGGCUGUACAAGAAGCAGAAUAAUGAGUUUGAAGGUGACGAAGAGGAGAAAGAGGGAAAGGAAUUGGGUGACGAAGUGCCCGAUGACAUGGACAAGAACGUAGACAAAGAACAGGGAGAGAAAGAGGGAGACAAGAAGAGGGAUGAACUUUGA